CAUAAUGAUAACACAUUAAGGGCUACAUGCAUUAGUGAGUAUGAAAACUCCAAUGUUUACAAAAUAGAAUAUGUGGAAAUGGUAGUAAGAUUACAGACAAUAAAGUUUCUAUUCGUUCCGGUAUUAGCUUAUCGACGUCACAUAAAUCGAUGAAACACCAACGCUGCCACGCACAGAAGGUGAGGAGUUUCGUCCGUUUAUCCCCCGGCUUCUCGAAUCUAAAUUUUGGUUAUCCACUGUUCGUGCUAUUCUCAUCAGCAUAUUUUGCACGUUCUUCCCCUUCCUGGAUUUACCGGUGUUUUGGCCCAUACUGGUUCUCUACUUCAUUAUGCUUUUUACGCUGAUGAUGAAACGGCAAAUAAAGCACAUGAUCAAAUACCGUUAUGUACCGUUCAGUUACGGGAAGCCGAAACACACAGGGAAUAAUAACAAGGAGACUGGUCCGCCAUCAGACGUACUCAAUUCGUGAGGCAGUUCGUCUGACGUUCCAGUCUUGCCACCUGAGCCUGUCUCAUCCCUGUCCUCACCAUGUAUAUAAGCCGUUCGAGGCAACAAUUAACCUUCCGGAUCUUAAUCUCACGUCGACCGUUUUUUAAGAACGAGCGAGUUCUAUCUUUUUGUGUGAUCUGUUAACCACCUGUGUCUGUUUUAUGGCUUAUUUUGUCAGUUUCUCGGAUGAUUUGUUCUCUAACAGUGCUGUGUUUUUGAUGGAUACAUUGUUUCGUUGUUCUGGAUUCAUCGAAUACUCUGGAUCCAGUGUUACCCGCUUAUGGUUGGCUGGGAAAACGGAACCAGUUAUGCUAUGCGUAGACAUAUUAAUCACAGGCCAACAUUUUCUUCCGGGUGGUUGGAUGGCCAUGAUAAACUGAUCGGGCACCGAGAUUUCAAAAGGUUAUGUCUAUUCAUAGAUCGGUUAUCGUAUGAAUUACAUGUAGCAGGCGCGAACAGUACACAGAAAAACGAUUGUCGCUCCCGAAAAAUACCAUCAAUUUUUUAUGUAACCUAUAGAUAGUGAUCCUCUCUUUCUGUUUGUAAAAGCGAAUCGAGUCCUAGGUACACUGCCUGUAGCGGCUACCAUGCACACCGCACCAU